AAAUAUAUGCAAUUUAAAUUUUUUUUAUGCAUCAAGAUUAAAUCAAUACAUAUCGAAAUUACCAAUAUUUGGGAUCAAACAAGCGUUGCAGAGAUCGGAGGCUGGAAUUGUGAACUAACUAACUUUCAUGGAGGAACGGCAUUUCAUUCCCGAAAGUGGCGGCGAUCAAGAACCGCCGCAGGAGGCGGUUGAAGUUGAGAAUCGACGGGAAGUGCGACUCCAGCCUGGAGCUGAAGAGAAACUCGUGUUGCAAUUCAUGGACUCACUUAAUAGCUAUCUUUCCCUCUCUCACUCUCUCUCUUCCACACUUGGACAAGCAUGGAUGGAAUUAGCGAGUGCGAGGCAUUCCAUGGGAACUGCACGCCUUAAUACUUCUCUUUUGGACCUCAAAUUCCAUCCAGCUUCUACAACGUUGAAAAUUACCGAAUAUGAUGUUGAUUCGGUAGAUGCAAAAGCAUGGUUCGUGUUGCGUAAAUGGGUAUCCUCUGAAGAAGUUGAAGAAGAUGAAGAUAGUACUAGCACCAAAUCUUCUGAACGCGCAGAUGAUGAUGAUGAUGUAGUAGUUCGAAGGGAGCGAGCGAAGUCAUUGUCAGUCUUUGGAAUUUUAAUUCCGCCAAAGCUUCGAGCCGCCCAACUGUCAUUUGAGAGAGCACUAGAGACACUAGUAGAAAUGGCAAAUAUGCGCUCGAGAUUCCUAUAUUCGUUUCACCAACUUCAUCAAGAGGUAGAAGAUACUAAGGAAUAGGCAGCAUUGGGUGGCAAGCAGUAUCAUCAAAGGGAUGCCGGAAAUGUGUAGCAUGUGGAUUAUCUGAUUAUAGUAAUGGGGACCAGCAUUCCAGGUUGUUGACGUUAAAUUUACUGAUUUGUCAGAAGAUAGUGAAAUAUAUUCGCAUCAUGUUCAUUUCGUUUUUGCAUCCCGCGUAUAAAAUUAGCUUUCAACGGUUUAUGAGAUGUUAAAGAUGAAGCAAAAGCAAGUUCCUCAAGAUAGUUUUGCCGACACUAGCUUCAUGUUUCUUGUGUUUGGCUUAAUAACGCACUCUAUUCUUUCAUCAAGCUUACUGCUCACUUGGAAAAUGGCGUGUAAUUAUGCUUGUUCUUUUUCUAUAACAUGGGAGGCUGAAAAAUGAAUAAAUUACAAUAUUAAAACGAGCAAUUUUUCUACUGUUAGGAUUACAGUAAUAUUUGAGAUGAUGUAUUUUUUAGAAUUAAUUUGAGGCCGAGUGUCCGAAAAAAGAAUAGAAAAUGAGAAAUGCUAAAAAACUGCCCGAAUUUAUUGUUUUUGACCAUUAUUUAG